AUGGUGGGAAAACGGAGUUCAGCAGCCACGACGGCGGCGUCACCUGCUCGGCAGAGGCCUCCAAGGCGUUCCGCACCUCGUGCUCCUCCAAACGGAGCUGCUUCCUCCUCUCCUGCCUCCGCUUCUGCGCGUUCCCCUGCUUCUUCGUCAAAGAGAAAGCCGAGGAGAAGGGUCGACAAGGACGAAGAGGCCCGGAUGGAAGCUAACAAGAAGGCUUCAAAUCUGAGGAAAACGGCGGACGAGGAGGUGGACGAGGUGGAGGAGGUGGAUGGGGCGGACGAAGAGGAGGUGGCGGUGGUGAAAGGGAAGAGGAAGGCAAAAGCGAAGGAAGUGGAGGAGGAAGAGGAGCAGGAGGAGCAGGAGAGUGAGGAUGCGUCCGUGGACGAGAAGGACGUGAUUCCGAAGCGGGAGGCGAACGCACGGUGGCCAAAGCGGUGCAAGGAGGUGAAGGGAGUCAAGCACUACUCGGCAGUCACCAUGGACGGUCACCUGUACAAGCUCGGCGACGAUGUUACUGUGCAGGGCGAGCCCAACGGUCAUGACUUCAUGGGUACGAUCAAGGAGAUAUUCAAGCCCGCCAAGGGAGAAGUGUCAUGCUUAUUACGCUGGUACUUCCGGUACAGCGAUACGGCCAUGGGGGCGUUGGGGGACGGCAUUGUGGAUCCGCGCUUGUGCUUCUGGUCGCGGGAGACUGACGACAACCCUGCCAGCUGCAUCACAGGGAGGGUCAGAGUCAAGCGAGUCAAACCUCCGUCGGGCCCCAAGGAGCCGCUGGACAUACCAGGAGACGUGGACUUCGUGUACCACUACAUGUACUCGUAUGACUUCGCCUCCUUCUCCGACAUUCCCAAUGAUGAGUGCGAGCAAAAGCUGGACUGCCUCCCGGACCCGCCGGCCGUCCACCCACCUGGAUCAAACGGGGUGAAUGGAACGGAAGAGAGCGAGAAACACGAGGUGGCAAGGAAGGCCGAGUGCAAUGGAAUGCAUGGGGGAGAUGGAGGAGAGAAGGCCGUGCAGAGCAAGGAGGAGGAGGGGGCUACUGGGAAGGAUGAGAGUGGCCUGGGAGAUGAGUGUCUUGUGGAGCUGGAAGAUAAGAAGGCAGAUGGGAAGACAGAAGGCACAGCGGUGGAAGGUGUAAAGGUGGAGAGUGGUGGGGCAGUGGGGGGUGUGAGUGAGGUGGGAGUUGAUAAUCAGGAGCAGGGCGAGGAAGGAAAGGGGGAAAAUGGGAAGGGAGAGAAAGGAAAAGGGGAAAGUGGAAAGGGAAACGAAGGGAAGGAGGUGGAAGGGAAGGCAGGUGUGAAGGUUGAAGAUCCUGCAGUAGGCAGUAUGAAUGUGGAGAAUGGGGGGCCAUUGAAUGAUGCUGGUGAGACGGGAGAUAAUCAGAAAAAGCGCGAAAAAUUGCAGGGAGAAAAUGGGAAGGGAGAGGACGGAAAGAAAGAGGAAGGCCAAGAAGGUAUGAAGGUGGAGAGUGGUGGGGCAGUUGAGGGUGCGGGUGGGGUGGGAGAUCAGGAGAAGGACGAAGAAGGGAAGCAAGAAGAAGGCACAGGUGAGGAAGGAAAGGGACAGGAAGGAAAGGGAGAGGAAGGAAAGGGAGAGAAAGGGAGGAAGGAAGGAAGCGAGGGGAACAAGAAGGAAGAGGACGGGAAGGAGGACCAAGGAGAGAAGACGAGCAAAGCUGCAUCGGCCGGCAAGAAGGGGCGGCUUUCGGGAGGCGGGGCUCGGGCUGCUGCCGCCCCUGCUACAGUGACUCUGCCGCCCCAGACCAUGCGUCUGAGGAUGCUGGACAUGUACAGUGGCUGCGGUGCCAUGUCGACGGGGAUUGAGAUGGGUGGCACUCCCAGAGGCGUCACCAUUGACACUGUGAGUUUUGAGCCAGCUCAAAAGGCUUCUGCUGCAGAUCAUGCCUCCGACCAGUGCUGGUCCGUGGACUUCAACGCAGCUGCAUGCGAGAGCAUGAAGUACAACCACCCGCUCUGCCAGGUGCGCAAUGAGACUGCAGACGAGUUCCUGGCGAUUCUGAAAGAGCUGCCGACCCUGCUGGAGCGUUAUGCUGUGUCCUCCGGUGAAAACGGUGUGUCUACAGCAGCAGCGGCAGCAGCAGUGUUCAUGGAUGCGGAUGGUGAGAAGGGCGGCAAGGCUGUUGCUCACAAACACAAGGUCGUGCACCACUCACACCACCAGCACCAGGAGGAGAAGCAGCAGCACCAGGAGCAAGAUCAGGAGCAGGGAGGUGAAGGGUCAAAGGCGAAGGUGGAAAACACCAAGGAGGUGGAAAUGGGAGAUGCGGAGGAGGCUGCAGGAGUGGAAGAGACAAAGGAGGAGAUUGAGGAGGAGAUAGAGGAGGUGGAGGCGAAAGGAAGGGGGAAGAGGAAGGGGAGGGUGUCGGCUGAUGAGGAUGGGAAUAGGAGGACCUCAGGCCGGAACAAGCGGCAGAAGAGCAACGGUGCUGCUGCCAGCAAGGGCAGCUAUGGGAAGGAGAGUGGGAAGACACAGGAGGAAGAUGAAGAGAGCAGUGAUGAGGAGAUUGAUGAGGGGGAGUUUGAGGUGGGGCGGAUCGUCGGGGUGAGGUACAUUGCUGCCACGGAGAAGGGACGGCCAGCUGGCAUUUACUUCAAGGUUCAGUGGAAGGGGUACGGACCAGAGGAGGACACCUGGGAGGCAGAAGAGAGCCUCGGCUCGUGCAAGCUGGCUAUCCGGGACUAUCUGGUGGAGGUGAAGGAGAAGAAGCUGCUACCUCUGCCGGGCGAUGUGGACAUCAUCUGUGGAGGCCCCCCAUGCCAGGGCGUGAGCGGCUUCAACAGGUUUCGCAACACUGAGGACCCUCUGGCAUGUGAGAAGAACCGGCAGCUGAUUGUGUUCAUGGACCUGGUGGGUUGGCUGGCGCCCACGUGGGUGCUCAUGGAGAACGUGGUUGACCUCAUGAAGUUCAAAGAGGGCAUCCUCGCCAAAUACGCCAUCGCCCGCCUUGUGGCCAUGGGGUACAAGUCUCGCACGGGGAUCAUUGCAGCCGGUUGCUUUGGAGUCGCCCAGUUUCGCCUCCGAGCUUUCUUCUUCGGCGCUUUGGAUGGCCAUGCGCUUCCAAGCUUUCCCUUACCCACACAUCUCGUCGCGAAGGAGAGAGGCUCUGUGCCCACCCGCUGGAUGAGGAACUUUGUUGGGUGGGAGGAGAAGUCUCCUGUGUUGAAGACGCUGAAGCCGGCACUCGUGCUCAAGGACGUGAUAUCUGAUCUCCCACCGGUGACAAACGCCACGACUACGGACGUCAUGGAAUACACCAAGUCACCUGCCAACAACUUCCAGCGAUUCAUACGCCUCCCCAAAUCCGCCUUUCGUCCCCCGCCCCCAAAUGGGACCUCCCCCAACUCGCCCUGGUCAUGGGACGCCAACCCCAAGCUGCUGGACCACCGUACGCACAACCUCAACGCCGAUGACUUCUAUCGCGUGGAGAGGAUUCCCAAACGCGAGGGAGCAUGUUUCCGCGACCUGCCAGGAGUGCUAACUGACCCUGUCACCAAGAAGUGCUCUCUGGACAAGACUCUCCAGCCCCGCCCGUUCAUCCCGCACUCAGGCAGUCCUCUGUGCCCUGACUAUGCCAUCUCAUUCGUGAAAGGCACCUCCUUCAAGCCCUUUGCUCGUCUGUGGUGGAAUGACACGGUCCCAACUGUUGUCACACGACCCGAGCCUCACAACCAGAAAAUUCUUCACCCGGAGCAAGAUCGAGUGCUGACAGUGAGGGAGAAUGCUCGGCUUCAGGGCUUCCCAGACCAUUACAAGCUGUUCGGCGAUGCCAAGGAACGGUACUGCCAAGUGGGCAACGCUGUAUCAGUCCCGAUUGCCAUGGCUCUCGGAUACUCCAUCGCAGGAGCUGCACUAGGAGGCACCUCCACUGCCACCUAUGGCCUCCCAAGCUCCUUUCCCUAUUUUCACUGA